CCCAAGGUUCCUUUGCUCUUCGAUUUCAGGCAGCUCCCAAGUGUCUCACAAGAGCUGCAUGGUAUCAUGACACGAGGACCGCAGAUGCCAAUGUCUUGAGUUCCUCUAGCCUCACUCCAUUUUUCCGUCUUGUCCCGCUCGGCGGCGGAAAAUGCGAGGUCGGGGGCAAAAAAUAAGAAAAAAAUAAACGAAUAUGAAAAAAAAACACGAUCUGUGUUUCCUUUAAGCCCGCUGUUUCAAUUAGUGCGUGAAAAUGUUCGGGGAUCAGGGGGGCAAAGCGCCUUGCUAGGGGCAUCCUUCUUCUGCAAGGCGGAUACCGAUGGCUUCACUCUCGAGCAAUAUCAAAUGUAGAUAAAUGAGCCCUUCCGCACCUUCAUGUGGCUUCCCUUGAUACAGUCUUUCCACAGUCACUUCUCUUGAGGACCACCAUAUCCUAAGAAACAGAAAGCGAAGUGAGAUCCAAGGCGAAAGAAGGCAAAGAAUUCAGAUAAUAUGAAGUACACUUCAGCUCUUCUCGCCGGCUUCUCAGCGCUCGCGAGCGCAGGAGUUUUGCCGGGACAGUUCGAGAAGGGUAUUCCCGUUGGCGAGGAUGGCAGGGGUGCUCCAUUUGCUGGUGCUACCAACCGCGAAAUCGAUUUGCAGAACCCCAGCGCCCUCGGUGCAUCCACUGACACGGAUAGUGGUACCGUUCCAAAUCUGAAAUGGAGUUUCUCUCUUUCGAAACUCAAGAUGUUCCACGGCGGCUGGCUACGUGAACAGGUCAAGACAGAUUUACCAGCCAGUAAUGACAUUGCUGGCGCUCAAGUGCACAUGAGCAAAGGAGCAAUUCGACAGAUGCAUUGGCACCGAGUUGCCGAAUGGGGUUAUGUGUACGCCGGCCGAAUUCUCCUAUCCGCUGUCGAUGAAAACGGCCAAUUCCAGCUGGACUACCUCGACGUUGGAGACAUGUAUUAUUUCCCCAAGGGAACCGCUCAUUCUCUUCAGGGUAUGGAGGAUGAAAACGAAGUCCUGCUGUGCUUCGACGACGGUGACUUCUCUCGCGUUGGAACCACAUUUAUGAUUAACGAUUGGAUUACCCAUACGCCAAAGUCUGUCCUUGCUAAGAACUUCGGCGUUCCCGAGGGUACCUUCGACACAUCGUGGAACCCCGAUCCUCAUGUUGUUAACUCGACUGUCAGCAUGAAGAAUGUGACUGGUCCGGCAGGAGAGUUGAUGGGUAACAGCUCCUAUGUGUUCCACAGCCACCCGUCGCAGCACAAGGAGGUUCCUGGACGUGGAGGAACUAUCCAGAUUGUUGAUUCACGCAACUUCCCCAUCUCCAAGACCAUUGCUGCAACUGUCGUCACCCUCAAACCAGGCGGUCUCCGAGAACUCCACUGGCAUCCAACUGCUGAGGAAUGGCUCUACUUCCACCAAGGUACUGCACGCGCAACCGUGUACAUCGGUGCCGGCAACACUCGAACCUUUGACUUCCAAGCAGGUGAUGCUGGUGUCUUCCCAGACAAUAGCGGUCAUUAUGUUGAAAAUCUCUCCGAGACCGAAGACCUUAUCUACCUCGAAAUUUACAAGGCUGACCGGGUUGCUGACAUCUCUCUCGGCCAAUGGCUUGCCCUGACUCCAUCGGACAUGGCUGCUGCUGCCAUCAACGUACCCAUCGAGGUCAUUGAGAAUAUCAAGAAGGAGAAGCAGUUGUUGAUUGAUCCACAUUUCGCCUAAAGUAUUACGUCGGAGGCGUAGUCACGCCCUAACAGAUGUUCCUUUCAUUUCUUCUAGCUCUCUUUUCUACCUUAUUUCCCCGGUGUUCUAAUACUAGACUUACCUUUCCCCCCUUCUCACCACCCCUGGACUUCCUUAUCCGCGCUUGUACAUAUACUAAACCACC